UCGCGUUUGGCCCUGCUCAGCCACCGUGACCCGCCUUUGCGCAUGUGCAGGGUGAACGGCGGAGAAGGUGAAGAUGGCGGCUGCCGGGGCUGCGGCCCUGGGAGUCCGGUGGCUGCAAAGGGCCACCCGCGGCGUGGUGCCACUGGGGGCACGGACAGCCUCCCACAUGACUAAGGACAUGCUGCCGGGGCCAUAUCCUAGGACCCCAGAAGAACGGGCCGCGGCCGCCAAGAAGUAUAAUAUGCUUGUGGAAGACUACGAGCCUUACCCGGAUGAUGGCAUGGGGCAUGGUGACUAUCCGAAGCUCCCUAACCGCUCACAGCACGAGAGGGAUCCGUGGUAUCAAUGGGACCACCCAGACCUGCGGUUGAACUGGGGUGAACCGAUACACUGGGACCUAGACAUGUAUAUCAGGAAUCGUGUGGACACAUCCCCUACACCCGUUUCCUGGGAUGUCAUGUGCAGACACCUCUUUGGUUUCGUGGCUUUCAUGGUUUUCAUGUUCUGGGUGGGGGAUAUGAUCCCCUCCUACCCGCCUGUGGGUCCGAAGCAGUACCCCUAUAAUAAUCUGUACCUGGAACGAGGCGGUGAUCCCACCAAAGAACCCGUUCCUGUGACUCACUAUGAGAUCUGAGGAGGCGUCAUGGGUCUGUGUACCCUCUAACUAGGUCCCCCUCACUCCUAGAGGCUUAACCUUAAUGAAAUCCCUAAUAAAACUCAGUGCUGUGG